ACUCGGCCCGCGGCCAAUGGGCGGGCGGUGACGUCGGGCGGUAGAAAGCGCCGAUCCCGAGGGGAAGCGGCUGCCAGUGCCCGGAGCGGGAGCGGGAGCGGCGCCGCCAUGUGCGACUUCUCGGAGGAGCAGACGGCCGAGUUCAAGGAGGCGUUCCAGCUCUUCGACCGCACGGGGGACGGGAAGAUCCUGUACAGCCAGUGCGGGGACGUGAUGCGGGCGCUGGGCCAGAACCCCACCAACGCCGAGGUCAUGAAGGUGCUGGGCAACCCCAAGAGCGAUGAGAUGAACCUGAAGACCCUGAGCUUCGAGCAGUUCCUGCCCAUGAUGCAGACCAUCGCCAAGAACAAGGACCAGGGCUGCUUCGAGGACUACGUGGAGGGGCUGCGGGUCUUCGACAAGGAGGGCAACGGCACCGUCAUGGGCGCUGAGAUCCGCCACGUCCUUGUCACCCUGGGCGAGAAGAUGACGGAGGAGGAGGUGGAGCAGCUGGUGGCCGGGCACGAGGACAGCAACGGCUGCAUUAACUACGAAGCGUUUGUGAGACACAUCUUGUCAGGGUGAAGCCGCGAGGGAGCUGGUCCGGAUGGUGCUGAGCGGCUGAAGACCCCCCUGCCCGCCCCUUCCCCCUGCUCCCCGCCGCGUUACACGGGAUUUUGUGCCUUUUCCUCCCCGCUCCGGCCCCCCACUCCAACCCCCCCACGUCGGCUCCUCUCCCUCAAAUAAAGUGUGGAAAAGGC